AUGUCAGCCACGCUUGGCGCUAGGGCGCCACCCUUCGAUUCUCCCGCGCCGCUGCACAACGCAAGCAUCCAGCAAGAUUUGGAUGAGCAGUUCCGUCAGGGACAAAGCCCCGCGGGGUUGUCGAGAGCUCUCAGCAGCGCCAGCGGCAAUUACAACACAUCUGCGCAACAUCAAGCCCCCAGUGGAUACUUUCCGAUAUACCCUGAUGAUCAGCAGCCCCAGCAGCAAUAUCAGGAUCCGAUCAACCACACCCAACAGCAACAACAACAACAGCAGCAGCAGCAGCAGCAGCAGCAGCAGCAGCAGGAGCUGUCAUAUCAAGAACAAGACCCGAAUUUGCUCAACACUCAGCCAGACGCAGCAGCGGGUCUGUCUCCCUACGACAGCGUCACAUCACCAUCGCAUCGUGCUCCCAAAUUUACCGAAGAGUGGGACGCCUCGCGGAGAGGAAGUUCCAUCGUAGACGGCCACAUGCCUCACGCCAGCAGCACGAUGCAGCGGUCCAAUUCGUACGCUGGGUCCUCCGUCGCCGACCGGCCGGAGAGCCAGCAGCUCUCGCGCGGCAACACGCUGAAGAAGAAGGCGUCGCUCAAGCGCGGUGGGAGCCUGAAACGCAGCGGGAGCCGCAGGAGCAUGAAGGCCGGUAGUGUGCGCAGUCUGGCCCUGCAGUCGAAUGGGCCUACAGAAGAUGAAGACAGCCCCUUCUGGUGUCCUGUCGCAACCCAUGGGAGCCCUACCGAGGUGCUCGCAAACCGCUUCCAAGCGUGGCGCAAGAUCCUCAAGGAUCUCAUUGCAUAUUUCCGAGAGAUCCAGAAUCACUAUGAGCACCGUUCAAAGUCUCUAAUCAAACUAGGCAACGUACUCAAUAACACAUCGAUGCCGCCUGGGUUUCUUCCCAGUGGCGGCCUCGACGAUGCCUUCGACAUCUUGAAGGGACACAACAAGAGGGCCAUUGAAGAAGCCAACAGGGCUCGUGAGAUAGAAGAAGACGUCAUUCUGGCGCUCAUAGGCUUGCGAAGCGACCUCCAGCAGAAAAUUAAAGAAAUCAAAAACCUUGCGGGUGACUUCAAGAACACCGUCGACAAGGAGACGGAGGCUACUAGAAAGGCCGUGAAGCAGCUCAACGAGGUCUUGGGCCAGGCUGAGGCCGAUCCCUCGCUCACUACGGGCAAGCAGGAUCCUUACCUUUUACGCCUGGCCGUGGACAGGCAAAUUGAGAGGCAGAUUGAGGAGGAGAACUACUUGCAUAGGGCUUACUUGAACAUUGAGAGAUCCGGGCGCGAUCUCGAGUCGAUCGUCGUUGGCGAGGUUCAAAAAGCGUACAAUGCAUACGCCGGGAUCCUGAAAAGAGAGGCCGAGACAGCCCAAGAUGCGGUCGGUGAGUUGCGGGCCGGGCCGAUUUCGAUGCCCAAGGACAACGAGUGGGAGCAUUUUGUAUCCAAGGACGACAGAUUCGUGAACCCCAACAUGCCGUUACGAAGUCCCGAACGGAUUCGUUACCAAGGACAGGAUGCUCUGGCUUGCCAGGAAAUUAGGGCCGGACUACUUGAGCGCAAGAGCAAGUACGUGCUGUCGCCAACACAUCUUCACGAAUUCAAAUCAGCCGAUAAGACGCAGGCACCGGUCAUGUCCCUGUUCCUUCCCGAGCAGAAACUUGGCUCGCACUCGGCCGAAGGGGCCUCGUCGAACAAGUUUAUCAUUAAGGGACGACAGACGGGUUCGAUGCACCGAGGCCAUACCUGGGUCUUCCGAGCCGAGAGUCACGACACGAUGAUGGCAUGGUACAUGGACAUCAAGCUGCUCACCGAGAGCUCCCCCGAAGAGCAGAGCAACUUUGUACGCAAACAUUCGCGCAGCUACAGCAGAUCAUCGCAACACUCGGCCAGCAGCGACGGCAUGAUCGAUGAAGAUGACGACGAGCCCUUCGCUCCGGACUCGGCCGCUAUUAGCCGCGGCACUCCGACUCAGGACGUGCUGCCCAGGCGUCCUUCACCAGGUGGGCGAUUCCCAUCCGACUUGACGAUAAAUGCGGAGCGGGGCUUACAGGUGCCCCAAUCGCCCGCCAGUGUGAACUCGGGUGUUUUCCAAGCAGGGAACCGCCAAGGCGAUGGUUACGGCCAUGUCGCGGAGAAUGGCGGGAACGGCAGCUUGAGUCGAAGCGGUAGCCAAAGAAACCGCCAUAGCUUCGCUGCCCCCGUGGCGACCGACAUGGGUCAGUACAACGACCGCGACCUAGGAUAUGGCAGUACUGUUCGAAGUCCCAUGAACCAAGCACCUUCGAACGCCGCAAGGGUUACCCAGGAGGCCCGUGAGGAUGGCGUUAAUCCUUACACCAGUGAGCCGAUUUCUCAGCAUAGUAAUGGCUUCGCAGACCACACCAAUGGCCAAACAUACGGCAUGGUGCAAUCAGAUGCUACAGAAAUACCUCGCAGGUCGAGCAAGAGGGGAGUUAGGGAAUUUUCCACCGAUGAUCACAAUGGCACAUUCGCGCAGCCAGUUACCGAGAACCACCACAUAGCUGUUCCGACACACUUGUCUCAAUCAACAGCUGCUGGAGCCACAUCAGACAGAACAAGUAGCGAACUCGACGGCGAGUCAGCCAUCUCUAGGGGUCGCAGUCCUGCACCCGGCGUGACAGCUGCUGGCAAUGGGCAUGUGGAUAUGGGAAAUGGCAUGAACGGUCGUCCCGUGUCUGGCACGAUACGGACUGACAGCCAGCCUACCAUCUCGAACCUUCACAUUCCUGGAGAGUAUCCCAAAACUCCUAAGACGAGGUUUCCAUUUCGAUGA